UGACAAGAUGACGUGCUAUUAUGACUAAAAUCUCACCAGAUGAUGAUCGAAGCGUGUAAGGCGACGUGCUCAUCUGCUUCUUUUUUGGUUCAUCAUGACGUUGAGUUUUUCAUCUUUCUUCAUUGAAGACAUCCUCACAUCAGGAGGAGGCUUCCAGGGGAAAGUUGAGGGGAAAGUGGGCUCCAAGAAGACAGAGUGCUGCCAGACUGAUCCAGAGUCUGUUGGGCUCAAACUGGCCAUCGGAGAGGAGCGUGACCUCAGCGAGGGAGCUCCACCACAGAGUGAGGAGCAGGUGGCCGAGAAGAUGGCAUCUUGUGAUUCUUCUGAGGAGCAGAAGCCAAGUUCAGAUGGGAGGAAGCGCUCUCGCGUGGCCUUCUCACACUCCCAGGUCUAUGAGUUGGAGCGUCGCUUCAAGACCCAGCGGUACCUGUCCGGCCCGGAGCGAGCUGACCUGGCAGAUAGACUGAACCUCACAGAGACCCAGGUGAAGAUCUGGUUCCAGAACAGGAGGUAUAAAACCAAGCGUCACCAGAUGGCAUCAGAGACGCCCAGGAGAGUGGCAGUGAGAGUUUUGGUGAGGGACAAUCAGCUCCAGUACAAACCGGGGAUCGUGAUGCGGAGUCUUUGGACUCAACCCAUGCACUGGGCGGGUCAGUACCCAUACUUGCAGUGCUGCUGCCCACCUGGGAAUCCCACCAUGCCCCUGGCUGAUCCAACGCCUUCUGCCUGUGGCUUUUAGACACAUUUUCAGAUGGAUAUUCAGUACCACAGUCUACUCACUAGCUAGUGACCAGGACGCCACUGUUUACUUGUGUCUUUCUUUCAAAACACAGAGAAAUGAACUGCACAAAUCAAAGUUUUCAAGAGUUUAUUUUUUUAUAGUAAAAUAAUAACCAAGUUGUUUACAGACACAAUACAUUUUGUAAACUUUAAUUAAUGAAUCGUUUUAAACAGUGACCGGAUGAAAUAUGUUUUUUGUUGUAAUAACGUAUAUAAUGAUGUUUUAUGACCUUUGUUACUUUUAAGUACAACA